AUGUUCUCUGAUCAUGGAUCUACCGUUGAAUCUACCACAUCGUUUCAUAAUCUGAAUGGAAUAUUUGUAUCCCAAAAAGUUAACAAAAUAAGAUGGAAACCCGAGACAUUUGGGGAACCUCAUUUCUUCCUAACUGGGAGCUGGGACGAUGAGAGUAACAAAAUAGUACUGUGGGAUAUUGUGGAGAAUGCAGAGGAAGAGGAUUUUUAUCCAUUUAGUGUUGCAGAGUAUCCCUACUGUGGAGAUGUAACAGAAAUGAAGUUUUUGAACACUGAAUACUUUGCGUGCAGUUCUUCAUCAGGAUCUGCUAAUGUGAUGAGAGUUUCAUUAUCCGAAAUUGGCGAGCCCCUAAUUCAAAACUACACUACAUGGGAAAAUCUUCACUAUUUCAAGAAUGGCGAUCCCAGUCCUUGUACAGCCUUAGCAGUUCACGAUAAUGAUAUGGCUACUGUAGGAGAGGACGGCCGUAUAAAUAUCUUAAGAGCUCAGUCAAAAGAUAUUGUCAGAAGAAUAGAUAAUGCUGAUAGUUGCUCCAUCAAUUGUGUGAUAUAUUUAAAUCACAAUGAAAUAUUGACUAGCAAUCUGAGAGGUCAAAUGAAGUCAUGGGACCUAAGGUCUGAUACUAAACAGCCUAAAAGCAGUUUUAUGCUUAGUGGAGAUCUAGUGACUCCUACUCAGUUGACCUACCACCCAAGUCAACGAUAUAUUAUAAUUGCGGGAGAUGAAUUGGGAGCAUUGACCAGCUGGGAUUUAAGACAAAAUACAUACCCAGUCAAUGUCCUCAACGCCCACGAAGGAGCAAUAUCUGAAAUACAGUUUCAUCCAGACCACCUGGAUCAUCUUUUUAGUUGCUCUAGGGGUGGUGAAAUUUGGCAUUGGUCAACAAAAACGAAAAACAAAUACGGAUUGGAACAUGAAAAUAUCAACGCCUGGCUGGCGCCAGAUGAUAUCAAGGCCAAAUUGGAAGUUUUGAAUUUGAUGCCUACAUUAAAAAAACCAAUCAAUACCUUGGAUCUCAGCAACAAUAGAGUUAUUUGUGGUGGCGAUAAUGAAGCAAUUUAUUUAAUUAAUGGUAUUACUUUUUAA